AACCUCAAUGGGACGCGUCAAGACUUAUGAAGGAGUAGCGAAUGCUGAUUACGCCUGUGCAUUCUCCCGUGACUGUCAUCCGUCGUGCUUUUCCCCCUUUGCCCCUUGCUAAGCGCGUUAUCGUGGCAAAUUGCACGCGCGAGUCAGGUUGCGCCGACCACGCCGACAACCUCCACGUGCUGCUGAGCAACACUCAGCCGCCCCAAAUUGUAGGUCGCCGCCGUCGGUUCGCGAAGAACGGAAGGCGGUGGCGAAGCGGGGAUAGGUGGUGCGGAUGAGACGAGUAGGCGAUAGUGCGACGACGGGCGAGGGGAGGAUUGAUGCGAAGAGGAGAGGUGGGAAACGGAUUGCGCGCUCGUGCGUAUGCGCCUUGGCUGUGAUCGGUGCGACCGAGGAGGUAAACAUUGUACAGUACGAUUGGCCGGCCCCGAGGCGGCGGGUCUUUUGCUUUUUCGUCUUGACCCGUCUCUUACGGGAAGAAGAGGAAAGGUGCGACUUCUUUUCUUUCUUUCCGAGUUUAUGCGAUCUCUCGUGUGAGUUCCUCCAGUUCUUCUUUGAGGAUCAUUGGAUCAAAAUCGGAAUUUUAUGAAUCACUCCUUCCGGAUAAUUGGAUCCAAAUCAGAAUUUCACGAAUCACUCGCCAUUAUCGUUGCCACAAAUCCUCCUCCGGAUAUCGCUGAAACGAAAGAUGAUAACCAGUGUUCAGAUUUUGGAUUACACUAAGAUGUAACGUGACAGGUUACACCCUAGGUUGCAGAUUCAAAGGAUAUUCUUUUUCGAGAGGGUUCCGUUAACGCAUAGUGCAAUAGUACACAUCUACUCACAUCGGCCGUCUUCCGUCCUCGAUGUUGGACUACUGUUAGAUGGAGUCCGUGCCGUCAAAUCCAGUAAUGUCAAUUUCGGCGCCGGGCAUAACUGCCAACUUAGAAACGAUGAGUUCGGUGAAAAAUUUGGUGUGCAGCCCGGAUCUCACAAUAUUCGCGACCACACCGGGGUGCAGCAGAGUUGAAGCUGCAGAUCUGGCCAGUCCAACGGUGGAAAUAGGAAAAUAUCAGUGUCUACUCUGUCAGAAGAGCUUUACGCAGAAGAAUGUAUAUCAGAGUCACUUGAGAUCGCACGGUAAGGAGAGCGAGGAUCCAUAUCGCUGUAACAUCUGCGGCAAGACGUUUGCGGUACCGGCGCGACUGACGCGUCAUUAUCGUACUCAUACUGGCGAAAAACCGUACCAAUGCGAGUAUUGUAACAAGUCGUUCUCGGUGAAGGAAAAUCUCAGCGUACAUCGGCGCAUUCACACGAAGGAACGGCCGUACAAGUGCGACGUGUGUGAACGCGCGUUUGAACAUAGUGGCAAGCUACAUCGUCACAUGCGCAUUCAUACUGGCGAACGGCCGCACAAAUGCACCGUAUGUGCUAAGACAUUCAUACAAAGCGGCCAGCUGGUGAUACACAUGCGCACGCACACUGGUGAGAAGCCAUACGUGUGCAAAUCGUGUAAAAAAGGUUUCACCUGUUCCAAGCAGUUGAAAGUGCAUACGCGCACCCACACUGGCGAGAAACCUUACACUUGUGACAUUUGCCGCAAGGCAUUUGGCUAUAACCACGUACUCAAGUUGCACCAGGUGUCGCACUAUGGCGAAAAGGUGUAUAAGUGCACGAUUUGCAAUGAGACUUUUGGUUCCAAGAAGACAAUGGAGCUGCAUAUCAAGAAGCAUCCGGAAUCACCGGCAUCCGUCACUUCUACUAUUACAGACAGCGACAUUUCCUCACCAAUAGCGAUCGCUUCGCCAAUCGAACCGGAUGUUGAAAUUUCUCAGAGCGGCGAUUUACCGGAUAUCGCUGUCGACGACAAGGAAAACCUGAAGACUGAAGAGGCCUAUUCGGAUUCGACAUCGAACGCUUACACUGUUCAACGUGACUUUGGAUACUACCUUUAUUCCGGCAACAGAGAGCAGCAGUAUUCACAACCAAUAAUAACAUCACCGUCAAAUACGGUAGAACCCGUGUUCGCUGAUAUCGACGAGAAGCGCUUUCAAGCAAGCGUGGUGAACCAUCCGAGAAUUUUUCUUGUGACAUCAAAUGAGAGCAACCUAUUUCGAAGUACAAGCGGAGAAAAUCCUUUCUUAAUUUUAGAGCGUUGUGAAAGUAUAAAAAUUUAUUAUUGUUUUUGUAUUUAUAAAAAAUUUAAUGUAAAUGAAUAAAAAAUUGUGAGUUUCCAAAUAUGUGAUCGUUUAAUAUCUUUCUUUGUUGGUGAUUUUUUGCAAUUUUACAUAGAAGAAAAUCUGGAAGUACUUUAUUGAUCUCCUUGGGAAAAUUGAUCUCUAUAUAUUAUUCUGACACUCUGGAAAGUUCUAAUUUUCUUUUAUAUUGCCAAUAAUAUUUAUUUUUAAAGAUAGGAAAUAUCAAAUGUGAUUUUAAUAACACUGAUAAUAAUAGAGAGCAGGUAUAUUUUAUCUUCCGAAAUAUCUUUUUCGUACUCGGUAAAAAAUUUUUUGUAUAUUGUAUAAUAUAAUCAUAUA